UUCCUUCACCUCAUCAACAAAUAUGGUAGAAAGUGCUAUGUGUGGAUGGGACCACAGCCUGCUGUGUUCAUCUUGGAUCCGGAUUUAGUAAAGGAGGUUUUCAAUAAGCACCAUGUGUAUCAAAAGCCUCAGAGCAACCCGCUAGGAAAGAAGUUAAUUCAAGGACUAGUCAGCAUUGAGAAAGACGUAUGGGCAAAACACAGAAGAAUAAUCAAUCCUGCCUUCUACUCUGAGAAGCUUAAGUAUUCUGGUAUCAACAGCUUAUGCAACCAGCUUUCUUGCUAUGCUGCGGAGAAAUGGUAAGAAAAUGGGAGGGGAUUGUCUCAGAAAAAGGAUCUUGCGAGCUGGAUGUGUGGCCUGAUCUUCAAGGCCUGACGUGUGAUGUGAUCUCUCGAACCGCGUUUGGCAGCAGCUAUGAAGAAGGAAAGAUUAUUUUUGAACUCCAGAAAGAGCAAACCAAGCACUUUAUUGAUGCUGCACGCCAUGUUUAUGUCCCUGGAUGGAGAUUCCUGCCAACCAAGAGGAACAGAAGAAUGAAUGCCAUCCAAAAGGAAGUCAAAUCAUCGAUCCGGGGUAUUAUAGACAAGAGGUUAAAGGCUGUAAAGGAAGGAGAGGCUAACAAAGAUGAUUUGUUAGGCAUAUUGUUGGAAUCUAACAUAGAAGAAAUAAAAAAACAUGGUAAAAAAGAAUCCGGAAUGAGCAUUGAAGAUAUCAUCGAGGAGUGCAAACUGUUCUAUUUUGCAGGACAGGAGACUACUUCCGUGUUGCUAGUUUGGACUAUGAUUCUCCUCAGCAGAUUCCAAGAUUGGCAAACGCGAGCUAGAGAUGAGGUUCUGCACGUUUUUGGCCAGGACGAGACGCUUGAUUUUGAAAAACUAAAUAACCUCAAAGUUGUGACAAUGAUUUUGUAUGAGUCUUUGAGGUUAUAUCCACCAGUACCUGGCCUGAUGAGGAGAAUAGUGGAGGAGACAAAACUUGGGGAAAUAGUUUUGCCUCCAGGGGCAAUGGUGUCAUUACCAAUACAAUUGUUACAUCUUGAUAGUGAGAUAUGGGGUGAAGAUGUUAAGGAUUUCAACCCAGAGAGGUUCAGUGAAGGGAUAAUUGGAGCAACCAAGGGUAAAAACGCUUUCCUUCCAUUUGGCGGAGGGCCUCGAAUAUGUAUUGGCCAAAACUUCGCUUUGGUGGAAGCUAAGAUGGCUAUCACAAUGAUUCUACAACGGUUCUCCUUUGAACGCUCUCCUUCCUAUGCUCAUGCUCCCAUUUCAAUGGGGACCACUCAACCUCAACACGGUGCUCCCCUCAUUAUGCGAAAGCUCUAAUAUGUUACUUAUGUUUAUGACCUUAAGGAUAAAACAAUGUGUUUCUGGAGAUGUGAAUGUACUGUCUCUGUAUAUAGACAGUUGUUUUGAUAUACUCUUUUUUACUUCUUAUUUUCAAGAGAAAUAUGUGUCAUAUCUUAUGCUUUAUUAUUCUACUGCCGUGUAUAAAUAAAAGAGUAAAAGGUGUAGCUUUUGCAAAUCAACUGUUGACCUCCUUCAUACCUACUGCUACCUAAGAAUAAAUAGAUAAACAAAC